GUGGUGAGCCGUGUUCUGCUUGUAAGGUGUGAGUAUCCGAGGUUUAAACUGUAGGAACUGUAGUCUGUAUUUUUGUAAGAAUAGUUGCAGCGUGGAGAACACACAGAAUACACGACUACAGUUUCACACUCCUCGGACGUACUUUGACUCGUGAAAUUUGUUGAUUGUAGACAAAUUGGAAAACUUGUGUCAAAAAUGAGCGAGGAUUCUGUCGAGGUGGGGAUUGACGCCUCCAAGUACUGUGAGGAGUGUGUUAAAAUAAGGACACUUCUUCGAAAACCUGCAAAACGGGCUUUUGACCGAAUCUAUAAAGUUGGUCGCCUACUCGGCAAGGGAGGCUUUGGGACAGUUUACGCUGGGUUCCGAAUAAAGGAUGGGCGACAAGUUGCUAUAAAACAUGUGGCAAAAUCUAAAAUUGUUGAGUGGGAAAAGGUUGAUGGAAAAAGUAUGCCACGAGAAUUAAAACUGCUUCUUGACGUCCAAUCAGUCCAGGGAGUUAUCAAAAUACUGGAUUUCUUUGAAAGAAAAGACUCCUUUGUGUACAUCUUAGACAGAUUGCCCGCAUCCAAAGACCUCUUUGAUUUUAUAACAGAGAGGGGAUGCUUGGAGGAAGAUCUUGCCAAAAACUUCCUCCGCCAAGUUGUCAACACUAUAGAGGCUUGUCAGGAUAAGGGUGUGGUUCACAGGGACAUCAAGGAUGAAAAUCUGAUGGUUAAUCUUCACAGUCUGCAGCUAAAGCUGAUCGACUUUGGGUCAGGAGCUCAUCUUAAGGAGGAAGCAUACACUGACUUUGACGGGACAAGAGUAUACGCGCCUCCAGAGUGGAUUCAAACCUCAAAAUAUUUUGCUGACCAUGCGACAGUUUGGUCCUUAGGCAUUCUGCUUUACGACAUGGUGGUGGGUGACAUACCCUUCGAGAAUGACAAGGAAAUCUGCGAAGCUAAGCUCGAUUUUCCAAAAGAUAUUUCGAGUGAAUGUCAGGAAUUAAUUCGAGCCUGUCUUGAGGUCUUGCCUCAGGAUCGAAUUCUACUAUCGGACAUUUUAUCCCAUCGCUGGUUUUUUCAGAAAACUGAAAAAACAAUUACGACAGGAAAAUCAAUGAACUCCAAAAUUUCUAAAUUUACUGGCUCAUUAUCAAGCAAUGGCUCCUGCUAAAGUUUGCCAAUAAGUUAACAGUGAAAAAAUCAGAUUAUAUUUACAGACCGAAUAUGAGUUCCUAUCCCUGACGGAAUAUAUUACCAAAGAUGAUUCCUUAGAGUGUUCAAACAGUGUGCUUUUAUAAUUUUGCAUAUUUCUUAAUGUAAUGGCAAAAUGUGGGGUGAGGGGUGCUUUUAGCAUUGCACGAAACUGCUUAUUAAAGAAUUAUUCAAAGACCUUUAAAUGGUCUUAUGUUAUAGGAAAAUGUAUUUUUUGUCAAACAAAAACAUUUUCAAAACUUCCCCAAAUGUGAUCUCUUGUCAAUUUUUGAAAUUGUAGUUAUACCAAGAAAAGAAAUAUUUUUUUAAACAUGUGUUUGAUAACAAUUAUUGUAGAUCGUGCAGUAUCCAGUGUCAGUUUAAAUACUAAGUCUAAUUGGAAGUAAAUUAUUGAAAUGUUCACAUUCCAUUCCUUCCAUGUAACAGCUGGACAAACGAAAUUAAUAAAAUUUUUUGAAUGUAC